AUGACCAAUCUUAAAGUAGCAAUUCUAAUUGUCUCGGACACUGCCUCGAAAGACCCCACUUCUGACAAGGUCGUUGAUGCACUUACGCCUAUCUUGUCCGCAGAGGGCAAGUGGGAACCCCCGCAUUCAGGAUCGUCCCGGACGACUGGAGGAACAGGAUUUUCCAUCAAGGAUAACACUCCAGAAGUUUGCCGUAUCCCCCUAAUCCAACGCCAUGCGCCGGGACUAAUACACGGCAUGAUUGCUGCCUCCUUGAAAGUAACCCCCUUUGCUAUGAUGGCCAGACCAGUUGCUGGUGUUCGUAAUAAGACUUUGAUUAUUACUUUACCCGGUUCACCCAAAGGAGCCAUGGAGAACCUCGACGCCGUUGUUAAGCUUCUUCCACAUGCCUGUCUACAGUCUGCUGGGGCUAAUUCACGGGACCUACAUGCUGGAGGCGUGAAGAAGCUCGAAUCAGAGGCUGGUGUUGAUGAUCAACAUAAUCAUCAUCACCACCACCACCACCAUCAUGACCAUGGACAUGGGCACAAAGCCCCAAAGGCGCACACAUCGCCGUCGGAGAGGCCACAGUCCAAUGACCCUAGUGCAGGCCCUAACCGGCGCUAUCGCUCCUCCCCCUACCCGAUGCUCUCUGUAGAUGAAGCACUUCGGCGAAUCAAUGAGCACACUCCCGACCCAGAAGUCGUUGAGGUCCCAGUGACGACAUCCUUGAUUGGCUCGGUGAUCGCCGAAGACGUCUACGCCGCAGAAGCCGUGCCAGCGUAUCGAGCUAGUAUCGUCGAUGGCUACGCUGUCAUCGCACCAAACUCUAGCACCGCCGGCCAGUCCACGAAAGGGAUCUUCCCCGUAGCAUCCGUUACCCAUGCCAAUAAUUACCACUGGCGCUCCCCUCCCCCAAACGCGAAUGCCGUAGUCAUGGUCGAGGAUACGAACCUGGACUCGUGCACACCUGACGGCAAGGAAGAAGCGACAGUCGAAAUCCUCGCUGAGGAUAUCGAGCCCGGCGAGAAUGUGCGCGAGCCUGGCAGCGAUGUUAUGCUAGGCUCCAAAAUCGUCGCUCGCGGGGACCUAAUCUCUCCCGUCGGCGGAGAGAUUGGCUUACUGGCAUCAACCGGCACCAGGACUGUCAAGGUCUUCCGGAAACCACGCGUAGGCGUUCUGAGCACCGGCGACGAGCUCGUCGAGCACAAUGACCCGCAAACUCUCACAGGCGGCCAAAUCCGCGACUCCAACCGCCCAUCUCUUAUCUCAUGCCUUAACUCAUGGGGUUUCGAAACCGUUGAUCUCGGUAUCGCCCGCGACACACCUGCCAGCGAGCUCGAGCAUGCCCUCCGCGACUCCCUCCGCGGUGUAGGCCGAGCCUCCGCCAGUGUCGACGUGAUCAUCACAACCGGCGGUGUCUCGAUGGGCGAGUUAGACCUCCUCAAGCCUACAAUCGAACGCUCCCUUGGCGGCACAAUCCACUUCGGCCGCGUUGCCAUGAAACCGGGCAAACCAACCACCUUCGCAACCGUUCCUUUCAAACCAACUGGCGAUGCCACAUCCUCCCAACAGGAGCGCCAAUCAAAACUCAUCUUCUCGCUCCCCGGUAACCCGGCCUCCGCCCUCGUCACCCUCAACCUGUUCGUUCUCCCCUCGCUGCACAAGCUCACCGGCCUGGGCCACAGCUCCCAGGCACUCAGCUCUAAGCCUUGGCUCGCGCCGCAGCUUGGUCUCCCGCGUGUCGCUGUCGUCUUGACGCACCAUUUCCCGCUUGAUCCCAAACGCACGGAGUACCACCGUGCCGUGGUUACGGCAUCGCGCUCGGAUGGUCGGUUAUACGCGACGAGCACGGGGGUGGAGGGUGCAGGCCAACGAUCUUCAAAGGUCGGCAGUUUGGCCAAAGCGAAUGCUUUGGUGGUGCUGCGGGCUGGACGGGGCGUUGGCAUUAAGGGUGAGAUUGUGGAGGCUUUGUUGAUGGGGGAUGUUCAUGGCUCGGACACUCGGGUCAUUUGCUAG